CUCCAAGGGUAUGCAAACUUUUGAGCACAACUGUAUAUAACUUGAAAAAUAGUUAAUAUUUUUUCUUAAAAUAACGAUUAAUUUGUAUACACUCAUGUAUAAGGGUCAUUAAAUCAGGUUGUCUGAUGAGAAAUCUUUUACAAAUCUAGAUUAUACUUUUUCAAGAACUUUAGCUUUUUAUGAGACUUUGAUUUUUGUUUAACUGUCUCCGGAUGGUUACGCCACAUGACGUUUCUUACUUUAAGCCCCAGAAGAAAAUAUCAAAAUAAUUUUAAACUCAGUAAUUGAACUCUGGUUUAAGGUUGAAUGUACAUGGACAUCUGAUAUAGCGACUGACCACCGCUGUGAAUUUGAUUUCAGCAAAUCAAGUGUGCCAGUCAUGGCAGAACCACAAGAUUACCUGAUGGAUGGCACUCCGCUCAUCACCGCCGCUCUACUGGGCAAGCUGCGUUUGGUUCGUCUGUUGGUGGAAGGAGGCGCCCAGGUCAACAAGCGCAACCAGAGAGGAGAGACACCCCUGCUGGCCGCCUGCCGAGCUCUUCGGGGCGAUCAGUGUGGAACAACUAUGCUAAAACUUAUUCAGUUUCUCCUUAAUAACCAGGCUGACCCAAACAUACAGGACAAGUCGGGCCGUACAGCCCUCAUGUACGCCUGUAUGGAGCGGGCAGGGGUAGAAGUGGCUUCUGCUUUGAUCGCAGCAGGCGCUGAUCCGAGUAUGGAAGACUACGCCGGGGCUUCUGCUCUCGUAUAUGCCAUAAAUGCCCACCAUCAGGACACUCUACAGGUGUUGCUCGAUGCCUGCCAAGCCAGAGGACGUGACAUCAUCAUCAUCGCCACAGAUUUAAACUGCGAUGGCAGCAGCGUGACACGACGUUACCUGAAUGUUCCGCCCUCACCUGACAACUCACCCGUCUCGUGUAUGUCUCCCUCAGAUAUCGAGCUGAAGACCAGCUCGCCAAACUCCGAGGGAGAAAACAUCUUCAAUUUUCGAGGUGGUGAGAUGGCGUCUCCUUUGCUUCAGAGGAGCAGUUCUUUGUACCGCCAACGGUUGCGCUCAGAACCCUGGCUGGCCAUUCAAAACCUGGCCCAUCUUACCCACACCUAUGAGAAGAACUUUGAGGAAUCUGUAGAAGACAACAAGGACGAGAAUGACGAAAGUCAUGAAGAGGAUCAAACCACCUCCUCACUCAGAAGUUUUCAAAGUGCUAGCCAAUUAAAGAAAACCGAUUUCAAACCCAAAUGGAACCAAUCAGGACAAGAGCGGCAACAAAGCCGAAGGAAUACUUUACCUGACCUUCAAGGUCAGUCGUUACUCCAGUUACCUUCCCUAAAACUGACACUCUCCAGCUCAGAUACUCACCUACACGAGUUACUUCCAGCAUCAUCCAGCGGAACCCAGUUCCCUUCCAUAUACAGAACCAGUUCGUUGUUUCUAUCGCCCCCUAGUGGGAUUCGUGAUUUCAGUACGACUAGCAAAAAGAAGCCGCGAGAGCAGUUGAGUGCUAAACCUCCGUCCCGGAGGGGUUUCCUGCCCCCUCUCCCCGUUAGCGCUACUGUAAAUGCUUUCCUACCACCCGUGUGCAGAGACCCAAACCCAGAAUCCAGAUCUACAGUCUCACUUCCUGUCAAACAGGAAGCUCAGAGCGGCAGGAGUCUGUUACGCCGCCACUCUAUCCAGCUCGGGCAGAUAAACCAGACAGGAUGUUCAGAGGAAACGCAAUAUCUUUUGCGAAAAUCUUCUAAUAAACCUGGCAAACAAUGAACUUAAAAAGGAACAGUUCACUCAAAAAUGAAAAUUCUGUAAUU